AUGUCAACUUCCCCCAACCCACUGCCCUCCGCAGUCCCCAGGAUCCUCGCCCCGCCAAUUGACUCCGAAUCACCAAUUCAUGGACAGGAGAUAGUCACAUCACGCGAUAAACCCCCAAUAUCCAAGCCAGGGCUCCCCAAACCCACCCUCCGUCUUCACAUCAACAAUGUGCGCCAUCCAGCCGUCCUCUCCUUCCUCUCACUGGUCCCCGACCUGGCAUCAACCCUCGAGACCGCCCUAGCUGCCAUCAUUCAAUACCUCUAUACUCCCCCCUCACCAUCAUCCACCAAGAAGCAUCCCACACCAUCCUUCACCCCCUCUAUCCCCCCCACGCGCUCUGUCACAGUCCUGCUCCGCGACAUCGACGGAGUCGCCUAUACCACCGGCACAGACCUCGACGACGACCACAAGGAAAUUCACCUCUCACUUUCCUACAUCGCAACCAGCACAGCCAAGCACCCGCGCCCCGCAGCCGAAGCCGAAAUCACUGGUGUCCUAACCCACGAACUGGUGCAUUGCUACCAACACACGUCUCCGCGGGGGGCCGCCUCUGAGUCCGACUCGGACUCGGACCCCGCCCCCCGCCCACCAGGCGGCCUGAUUGAGGGGAUUGCCAAUUUCGUGCGUCUCAGAGCAGGUCUGGAGCCGCCGCAUUGGAAGCGCCCGGCGUCGGCGAAGGAGCGCCCGGACAAGUGGGACCAGGGAUAUCAGCACACGGCGUACUUCCUGGCGUGGCUGGAGGACGUGCGGGUUGGGAAGGGUGCCGUUGGCAUGCUGAAUGACCGAUUGCUGCGGGUGGGGUAUGUGGGUGAGGAUGCGGAGUCGGAUAAGCAGGGUUUCUGGAAGGGGUUGUUUGGGAAGAGCAUUGCCGAGCUUUGGGAGGAGUAUGGGGAGUAUCUGGAUCGGGUGAGGAACAGUGGGAAUUGGGAGGAUGAGAUCGUCAAUCUCGAGUGA